GUCGUGGCGUUUGUACCAAACAAACGUUUGUUCUCAUGAACGACUCGACUUCAUUGAAUACGUCUGAACUUGUUUGUGGACUGACGGGUUAGUUGAAAAAACACAGGCAUGUUUUUUUGGUUCCCUCUGCAAACUUCCUGUGUUCACUUCCUUGAAUAUUGGGGUUUUGAUUUUUAUCUGAUUCAUUUAUUUUGAUACAGUUUGAAACCAGCUGGUGACCAAUAGCUGCAGAGGACACGCACAUAGACAGACUGGUUGUUGAACUUUGACCUCUUUUCUCAGAAUUUCACAACGUUUCACAGUGUGAGGGGCAGUGCUGGGGCUGGAUUCUCUUUCAGUGCAGAAGUCAAACGAGAGGACACAGUGGAUCUGGUCAUUUUGUUGCAGCAAGGGAAGGAGAAUAAUUUCAAAAAUGUGGAAACCAUUGUCCUUUCUGAUCUCUGCCUACAUCUCAGUGCCUGUUGUUCUCUUCCUGUUCCCAUGGAUACUGGACUACGCCAUAUUUGCUCACUUGUUGAAGAUUCCAUUCUUCGUGGAUCUCAGUCGACCUGAAGAUGUUCUGGACCACACAUGCAACUUCUACCUCAGCACGGACGAGGGCGUCUCAGUGGGAGUCUGGCAUACACUCCCUGCCAGCCAAUGGGAGGAGGCCGCGGGGAAAAGCCCUGAGUGGUACCGGGGGACGCUGGGAGACGGCCGUCCUGUUAUUAUCUAUCACCAUGGAAACGUAGGAACCAGGGCCAAAAAAAACCGAGUAGAACUGUUGAAGCUCUUAAGUGCCGCAGAUUAUCACGUCUUGUCUUUAGACUACAGAGGUUUUGGAGACUCUAGCGGUGAGCCAAGUGAGGCUGGCUUGACCAGUGACGCCCUCUACCUGUACCAGUGGGUAAAGCAGCAAAACAGAGAGAGUUUUGUCUGUCUGUGGGGACACUCACUCGGCUCUGGAGUGGUGACAAAUGCUGCUGUGAGACUACAAGAACAAGGGUCCCCGGCUGACGCUGUGGUCCUCGAAGGGCCGUACACAAGAAUGAGAGAAGUCGUGGCCAUUCAUCCACUCACUAAGUUGUACAACUUCCUGCCAGGAUUUGAGAGCCUGAUUUGGCACAUUCUGGAAAAGAACAAUAUAGAAUUUGCAAAUGAUAAAAAUUUAAAGACCCUGACCAGUCCGCUCCUUAUUCUGCAUUCGGAGGAUGACAACAUUGUACCGUAUCAGAUGGGUUUGAAGCUUCACCAGAUAUCCGUCCAGGCUCGGAAAGAACACGACAUCGACGCUCCGGUGGAAAUGGUCUCCUACGCCGCAAAUCUUGGCUACUCCCACAACCGCAUCUACUUAGACCCCAACCUGGCAAAUGUAGUCAGGUAUGUUUUUCUGUAUGCAUCUGCUUUUUUUCUAUUACUCCGUUAAAGCGCACAGUACAUACAGAGGCUAUAAGAAGGUGCAAUGUAGAGUGUCUUAUAUACUUUUUUCAGGAUAUAAAAAAGGAUAUGAUGAGAAAAAUGUACUCAAAAUGUUUAAAAUCGGAUUGAAUUUGUAAAAAAUUGGAACCGUGUCACAGUUCUAUUUUGUGAAUUUUCUGAAACUUUGACUCAACAACACGUAAGAAGGCGAAAAAACUAUAAAGGAGCUGAGUAUUAUUCCCACGCCAAUUUACCAAGGGCACACCAGCGGCACAGAUCUGUACCAGUCACAUGAUUCCAGUCCCAGAAUUUGACAGAUUUUAAGGACACUGAACAAAGUGUUAGUGUCAGUCAUGGUAAACCCUAAAAAAAUCGCCGUCUCCACAGAGAAGUCUAAUAUAUUACCAACAUUGUACGCGUUUAAACCUUACUGCCGUCACAAAUACAGCUAUUUAUUUACAGUAAUCACUUUCCUUGACGUCUUUCUGUCCUGCCCUGUCUUUCUUUCAUAUUUUAAUGUUCUUGUAUAGCUGGCUAUGUUUAUUUAUUUAACAUUUAUUCCUUAUAUUUAAGAGGUAAGUGUCUGAAAUCGUGCCGCUGUAACAAUAAUUUUGCAGUUUUUUGGGAUCAUCUAUCUAUCUAUCUAUCUUUUGCACAGUACUAACUUAAUCUUAAUCUGCUUGUUGUUGCAGGGGUUUCCUUCAAAGGCUGAGACAGUAGAGUUAAGAAGAUUUAUGUCAUUUUCCCUGUUGUCGUGUUGUCGAAAUAAAAAGCACUUGAUGUGACGCGGAA